AAACCCACCGCUCCAACGGCUACUUUCCCAGCCGCUCUCAAAUUCCAUCGCCCAACUCGCCACACCCCACAGCCAGAGCACCACCACAGCCCCCUCGCCGCCGACCACCAUCUCCGGCGCCGCUCUCACGAGCAAGCUACCUACCUACCCAGAUCCAAACCCGCCGGCGCAGAUGGAGAUCCCCGUAAGGCUCGGCGUCACGGAGGGGGAGGAGGAGGAGCUGGAGGAGUACGACAGCGUGUUCUACGAGGACAUCGAGGCCCCCAAGUUCGUCGACCUCACCGCGCCCGACGACGCCCGCCCCACCGACGACCCCUCCUGGUUCUGCCUCCGCGUCGGUUGCGACCAGAGCCACGAGCACGUCGACCCGGAGGCCCUGCACCGGAGCUUCGUCAUGCGGGUCAUGGCCGCCAGGAGCCCCAACGUCAAGCUGCAGAGGGCCAUCAGCAGGCGAAACCAGAGCUCGAUGCUACCGAAAUGCCCUCAGUCCGUGCCGGCGAAGCCGCGGAGGACCCGGAUGACGAGGCUGAGCAUGGCGGCGGAUGCCGCCGCCGCCGCGAAGGCCGCGAGGGCGAGGCUGCACGACCACGGGAUUCGCACCUUCAGAGUUUCUCCGGUCCGUGCCAAGGCGGCCAGAGUCGAGCCGUCCAGCGCGAGGAAGAAGGCUCUGACGACGCCCAGGACCAAGACUGCGCUGCGUCCGAGGCAGGAACCGUUGUUCCUCAGCGCGAAGCACCAGAGGGAGCCGGUCGCCGCGGCGGCGCCGGAGAUGAAGGGGGCUGUGGUGAAGGCGCUGUUCACCACCACGCCCAAGAGGGAGACGCCGGCCAAGAAGAGCCAGGCUCCUCCCGUGGCAGAGGUCUGUUCCAAGCUGAAGAAGCUCAACCUGGCGUGCCGGGAGGUGCCUAGCAGGUACUUGGCCCAGGUGUCCACUCCGAAUAAGGUCACCAAGAAGUGCGAAGAGACCACGGCAGCGGUGAAGAGUGCGAAGAGAGUACAACAGCAGCCAAGGAAUGGGAAGAAGAUCUUGGGCCUUUCGGCGAAAUGCGGUAAUGCUGAAGCAGAUGAAGGGAACCAAACCGGCCGUGGGAACGUCAAUGCAGAAGAGAACUCAUGUAAAAGAACUGCAAGGUGCAAGUGGGAACGGAAGGAGGUGCUGCAGGGUUCACGGAUUCAGGUGGAACCAUUGCAGCCUGACAGUCAUGACGAAGAUGACGACAAGGAGAAUGUGUCGUCCGGCGAUCAGUCGACCGCGCAAGACUCAGAUCGGCAAGAUGAAAACAUGAACCAGUUGGAGAGCAAGGAGAAUGCUCCUCAAAAGGUGGUUAAACGGCAGAAUAGCAAGAUGAAUGCAGAGCAAGGAGGAAAGCUUAAGAAAACCAUUCAGAGGCCAUUUAGGCUGAGGACUGAUGAAAGACAAGUGUUGAAAGAAACAAAGCCUGAAAGAAAACAGACGAUCGCCGAGAAGAACACCAUGCCAGUACUGAAGGAUGAAAAUAGACGAGUGAUGCAAACUGGAAGAUGCCCUGAAGGAAAGGGACGAGAUAUACUGACUUGUGGCGACAGACAGAAGAAACAGACUACACACAUUGCCACGAGUCAGAUUGGUGAAUCUAAAUUGGGUUUGAAUAGUACCCGAUGCGGCAACGUGAGGCCUGCACUGACGAAAGGCAAAACCAUCGAGAAAUCUGACAGAGUUGUGAGGACAGCCUCUUCAACAAGAACAGUCAAAACAACAAGUGGUUUCACAGCACCCUCUCAAGUUGGAAAAGAGAGGAAGAUCUCAGUGAAAACAUCCAGGCUCCAAGCAGCAGCAGUUUGACUAGCACAGGUGACAAGGGGGGACAACGACUAUUUGUCUGCUCAAUCCAAAGACGAAAUGUUUUUCUGAGUUUUGUUAACUAGAAGUGUACACUGAGGAGUGAGGAGGGGGUGGCCAAGAACUCACACCAACAGGGUUCUGUCAAGUUUCCUUGUUUCUGUCCAUGAAACUGGUGUGAUGAGUCAAAUUAUUUUGUUCUGUACCAUCUUUACUAGACAUUCCUUUGUAAGUGAAAGCCCAUAAGAAAUUUAAUUAAGUAGUGAGAAAUGUGUAUCUAUACGGUCGAAUUGAUUUUCUGAGUUUAAAAAAAUGGAAAUGUACACUAGGCAGGGGUGGCCAAGAACUCAGAUGAAUAGGGUUCCAUAAA